GGACCCGAUCAUCCAUGACGUGACUCAACAGAUUGACAUAUCGUCGUCGAUUGAUUUUGGCCCUCUCUUUCUCCGUCUCUCCCGUCGCGCUUCUCUGCCAAAAAAAAUUACCACCGGCGGAAAAAUAGGGAAGGACCAAUGGCCGCCGAUUGGAGCCAGCUCCCGUCCGAUCUCCUCGAAUCGAUCUCCGGGAGGCUCCCCUUGUACGGCGACUACGUCCGGUUCCGCGCCGUCUGCCCCGCGUGGCGGUCCUCCACCGCGAAGACCCCCAACCACUUCCCUCCGCAGCUCCCGUGGCUCCUCCUCCCGCUGUUCAAGCCUCAGAAUCGCGGCCGCUCGUGCUCCGGCUACUUCUACAGCCUCCUCGACGGCAAGGUCCACGUGCUCCGGAUCACCGAGGCGUCCCUCCGCAUGCGCCGCUGCGGGUCCUCCCACGGCUGGCUCGUGGUCCUCGACGAGUCGCCGAGCGUCGCCCUCGUGAACCCCCUAACCGGGGCCAAGAUGGACCUCCCUCCGCUGCACGCGUUCCCCAACGUCGUCGGCUUCAAUUUCGCCGACGUCGGCCGCGAGUACUUGCUCCGGGACGGCGAUCAUCGGCUCUCGACGCGUAAUCUGAAGGACAUGCGCGACUGCUUCGUCAAGAAGGUGGUCCUGUCCUCGAGCCCGGCGAAGGGCGGCCAAUUCAUCGCCGUGGCGAUACUCCAUCACGGUAACAACUUGGCUUACUGUAGAGAUGGCGAUGAACGUUGGAGGUUUAUAGAAGAAGCGAAUUCUUACUGCGAGGAUGUUAUAUAUAGGGACGGAUUGUUCUAUGCUGUGAAUACGUUCGGUCUGAUUGCGGUUUGUGAUGUUAAUGGCGACUCCCCGAGGGUUUCGUACAUCGAGACGCCGAGGCAUUUCGGUGCGGACAUUCAGUACUUGGUGACUGUAGGAGAUGAUCUCAUGUUAGUUACGCGUCAUUUGGACUCCGAUUUCUGGCCCGAGCUUGAUCAAACAGUGUACAGGACUAGGGUAUUUAAUGUUUUUAAGCUGGGAAAUAAACCCAGGUGGGAGUGGGUGUCAGACCUGGGCGAUUACAUGAUCUUUAUUGGGCAAAACUCUUCUUUCGCGUUACUGGCAUCGGAUUUUCCUGGAAGCAUGGGGAAUCGUAUA